GCUACAGCCAAUCGCCAUUGAUUGAGUCCUCGGAGCCGCAAGCCGGCGUCUGUAAAUAAGAACUUUUUGACCAAUUUUUCGUCUCAGAACUUCGUAAUUUGGCCCUAAACUUGCUGAGACUACACCAUGGGCACCACCAAGGUGGUGCAAAUCACCAACAUCGCCCCACAGGCGACCAAAGAUCAAAUGCACUCGCUCUUUAAUUAUUUGGGCAAGAUUGACGACAUUCGCCUCUAUCCAACAGUGCGAGACGUGGCCGUACCUGUUCAAUCUCGGAUUUGUUAUGUCAAGUUUCACGAUGCAGAGUGGGUUCCUGUAGCACAGCACCUUACAAACACAGUUUUCAUCGAUAGAGCCUUAGUUGUUACACCGUUUGAGACUAACGAAAUUCCCGAUGAACUGCACGCAUUGCAGGUCUGCAACACCGGUACUUUUGGAGUUUCACAGCCGUCUCUUCCAUCGCACGUUGUCAGCCAGCUUGAGGGUUCCCACCCGAACCAGGUCAUUGCCACCCACGACCCAAAUUUGGUCGCUAAUGGUCUGCCAAAAUAUCCACAUUUGCCAGCAACCUUAGAUUCUGGCAAAAUUGCUGAGAUUAGAAGAACCCUGUUGGCCAUCAACCUCAAUGCAACCACGACUGAGGAACAGGUGAUUGAAUUUUUCUCCAAAGCUGGAGAGGUGAAAUAUGUCAGGUUCUGCAAGAGGCCUGGUGAUGCAACUAAGUUCUGUCUGGUGGAAUUUUCAGAACAACCAUCCAUCAUCAAUGCUCUCAAGUUGAAUGGGUCAGAAUUAAAUGGAACCGCAAUUAAAGUUUACCAUUCUACACAGUCCAUUGUGAAGCCCCAAGCAAAGACAAAUGAAGCAGCCCAGAGGGAGAUCGAGGAGGCCAUGGGCCGUGUGAAGGAAGCCCAAAACCUAAUAUCAGCAGCCAUGGAUCCCGUAUUUGGAAUGCUAGGCAAAAGCCGCAGCAGACACAGCAGGUCUAGGUCUCGCUCCAGGUCUAGGAGCCGCAGAUCAAGACGGCGCUCGAGGUCCCGUCGUCGUUCCCGUUCUAAGCGCCGGUCUCGAUCUCGCAAGCGUUCUCGCUCCAGGCGCAGGUCAAAGUCACAUUCUCGAAAGAGAUCAAAGUCUCCAAAGACCAGGAAGAGAUCUAAAUCACGUUCAAGGAAACGCUCAAAGACUAAAUCAAGGUCUCGUUCUCGCACCAGAGAUACAAAAAGUAGUAAGAGUAAGAGCUCUCACAAAAGUAAAAGCAAGAAAGACGUUCCAGAAAUUAAAGAAGAGCCUGAAAAGAAGCCAAGCAAAGAUGACAUCAAAUCUGACUCGGAAGCAAGUGAAGUUAUCAAGGCAGAGGAUAUUAAAAAAGAACCAAAAGAAGAAGAAGUUGAAAUCAAGGAGAGGUCCAGUGAAAAAGAGAGUAAGUCUAAAAGAAAAAGGUCUCGCUCUCGUACGCCGAAGAAAAGGCGCAAGUCUCGUUCUACCUCUCGGCCACGACGAUCUCGUUCUCGAUCAAGACGGAGGAGCAGGUCUCGCUCGAGACGUUCGACGUCUAGGGGCAUCCGACACAAAGCUUCUCGUCACAAGUCGCGGUCUCCAAAACGCAGCCCCAAGGCCACCUCUUCUAGACACAAGAAAUCCAAGAGAGACUCCCGCAGCCCUUCUAUAUUAAGCAGGAGGGAUUUGGAGAAAAAAGAUCUGGCCAAGGUGCAGCGUAACUAUGAUGAAGAAGAGGCUGGAUUUGAUGCGGCUCCUCCUCCGCCCCAGCCUCCGACACCCCCAAAACCACCAACCCCUCCACCUCCUCCAAGUGACUCUGAGUCUGAGAAGGGCUCGAGCUCCGAAUCGGAGAGAAAUGGGAAAAAGAGAAGACGCUCUGGCUCUGAAAGUAGCAACUAAGAUAUUGCAAGUGCUUGUUUCAAUGUCAACCUCCCUGCAUCUUUUUUUGGAAAAUGUGAGUAGCUUGAAAGCCAGAAUUUUAUUAUUUUUGAGUGCACAUUCAAGGUACUUUUUAAUUGUAUUAAAUGCCGCAAAAUCAUGCAUAAUAACGCAGUUUUUUACUAGCAUUUCCUUUAAUCAAACCCCACUCAAAUCAAUUCAAAUAAGAUGUAGAUAAAUUAGGCUUUAAUUUAGUGACUUGAGAUAGUUACAGAUCAAUUACUAUUGGCAUGAGUGAUAUUGGAAGUUGAAAUUGUCCAAGGCCACGCUUCCGUGUCUCGUAUUUUUAACAAAAUCAGAUUCAAAAAUUAGCUGUAAAAAUAGGUAAUACUAGUAUCAAUUUGUCAAUUUAGUGAAAAUAUAUCACCUUAAAGGGUUGAUUGACAUGUACGGAAACUUCAGCUGUGGUCCACUUGGCAUAGCUAUUAUUUGACCAUAGAUCUUGGAGUUUGCCCUCUUCGAAAUGCUGCUGCGUUACGGUUUUCAAAUAAACUAUCCUGACCUUAAAAUACACAUG